AUGAUAUCACUGAAAGACAAGGUUGAGAAGCUGGGUAGAUUACACUCUAGAAAUAUAGCAACAUUCGAUGGAGAUGGCGAUGAUGAAAGAGAGAUUGAAGUAUUGACAAAGGAUAUAUCAUCUAUAAUCACAAAGACACAUCACUUAAUCAAGAACUUGGGUGCCAAGGAGAACCUGUCACCCGAAGAGGUGAAGAUCAAGAAGAACAUACAGUCGGCCAAGUCAACACAACUUCAAGCUCUGUCGCUUGACUUUAAGAAGAAGCAAAGGACAUAUCUUAGUGCAUUACAAAAGAACUCAAGUAGCUUUGGAUGGGAGAAUGGAGAGAAUGAAGAGGAGGAGGAAGAGGUUGCCAACUAUGGAUUCACGAUGCAACAAUUGGAGGUGGUCAACGAAAUGGACAAGCAGGUGAUGCAGCGCGAUGGUGAAAUCAAACAGAUUUUGCGAUCGAUCAAUGAGCUGUCAAACAUUGUCCAGGACAUUAGUAUGAUGGUCAUCCAGCAGGGCACAUUGCUGGAUCAGAUCGAGUACAAUCUCGAACAGACCGAAGAGUCUGUCGUGCAGGGCAACGUCGAGCUGGGCAAGGCGAACGAGUACCAAAAGGGCUAUCGAUCCAGGCUCUGCAUUCUUAUGAUACUCAUUGUAUUGAUCGUCACAAUGGUCUUUGUGGCCAUCAUCAAGGCCUUCAUUUAG